UGUGGAAGUUGGAGCUGGGACAUGGGGCUGGGGGCCGAGGGGCUGCGGGGGCUGAGGCUGGGGCUGGGGGCCGGCGGGCCGCUGCUGUUGCUCACACUGCUCGUCCACUGCUCCGGGAUCGCCGCGAUGUUCAGCCAGCCCUCGGACUCGGAGUUCACCUUCGUGCUUCCGCCCGGCAGGGAGGAGUGCUUCUACCAGAGCGCCGAGCACAACAGCAGCAUGGAGCUCGAGUAUCAGGUGAUUGGAGGAGCAGGCCUGGACGUCGAUUUCACUGUGUAUGGUCCAAAUGGUGAAAACCUGAUCACUGAAUCCAGGAAGUCUGACGGUGUUCAUACGAUUGAACCUACAAUGAAAGGGGAUUAUAAAAUCUGCUUUGAUAAUUCCUUCAGCACCAUUUCUGAGAAGCUCAUCUUCUUUGAGGUAAUUUUUGACGAUGCUCAGGAAGACUGGUCAGAGAUCGUAGAACCCGAGGAGCUGCUGGAUAUUAAGAUCGAUGAUAUCAAGGAGGCGAUUGGGAGCAUGAACAACAAGCUGGGCAAGAGCAUGCAGAUCCAGGCUACUCUCCGAGCCUUUGAGGCACGUGAUCGCAACCUGCAGGAGGGCAAUUUGGGGCGAGUGAAUUUUUGGUCUGCUGUCAACCUGGGGGUGAUGUUGGUGGUGUCAUUUGUCCAGGUCUACAUGUUGAAAAGUCUCUUUGAUGAUCGGAGAAAAGUCCAAACUUAAGAAACUGUAAGUUGAAGCAGAGGUGUGAACUGGCAUGGCUGAUUAGAUGCAGGCUACUCCCUUGGUUUGGGGUAUGUGUGGGGCAUGCUGGAUUUUUGGGGUUUGUUGGGAUAUAGGAUGAUGGUGCAAUUGGUGCAAAUUGUACUUACAUGGCUGUACAAGGACACUUUACAGAAUACUGAGAAUGUUAAGUAUGUACAUUGAAAUCUGUAUGUUUACUGUUAAUAAACUGGGGAAGAGGUUCUGGAAGUCAGGAAGUUCAUCCUAUUUGAAGUGUAGAGUAUCAUUAAAUAAAGAGUUAAUUUGAUUGAAGAAAUAUAAUAGAUGGAUUGAAUGAGAUUUUUAUUUAUCAGCUUGGAGGAUUUGGUUGGGUUGGGUGAGGGAGGAUGGUGAGGCAGGGGUUUAGAGGAAGGAGAUGAAUUGAUAGGGAAGGCAAUGACAUAUUUAAAAGCCAGUACAGUUAAAAUGUUGUAAUGGGAAUUGGCCAAGCAUGUGGCCAGU